AUAUUUAUUUUUACAUCUUUUUCAUUUUUGCACAAUGUAUGUAUUUUCAUCUUGGUUAUAUUCCCUAUACGAUUCCCAUCCCCCUUAUUUUGACCUUAAUCCCUUCUCCCUUCUAUUCCCCUCUGCCCCCCUCCUGUUUAUAGUUGCUUGUUGAUUUUGAUUUUUACUUUGUUAUAGUCUUUCCUGGUCCCUUAUUUAGGUUUUCUAAAUUUCUGCUAUGAGUGAGACCAUCUGGUAUUUUUCUUUUUCUUUCUGGCUGAUUUCGCUAAGCAUGGUCCCUUCCAGCUCCAUCCACGUUGCUGCAAAUUAGAAUUCUUGAGCUUUGUUUUGUUUUGUUUUGUUUUGUUUUGUUUUCUCCUCCUCUGCCUCUUAUUUUCGUUUUGCUAACUGGAAAUCUAUUUUGAAGAAUUAUCUGAGUUUUCUUUUGUAAACAAAAUCUUCAGUGGUGCUUUAACACAUUUGACAUGCAAGGCCCACCCCACACUUGAUCUUUAGGAUGCAUGUGUGCUUGUGUUUGAAAGAAGAGUUGGAGAAGAAAACUGACCAAUAAUAGUAAAAAAUGUCUCGAAAAAUUUCCAAAUCAUCAAAUAAAGUGAACAUUUCUAGCUCUCUGGAAUCUGAAGAUAUUAGUUUAGAAACAACAGUUCCUACUGAUGAUAUUUCUUCAUCAGAAGAGCGAGAUGGUAAAAUGAAAAUCACCAGGCAGUUAAUUGAGCGAAAAGAACUACUUCAUAAUAUUCAGUUACUGAAAAUAGAGCUUUCCCAGAAAAAUAUGAUGAUUGACAAUUUGAAAGUGGAUUAUCUUACUAAGAUUGAAGAAUUGGAGGAAAAACUUAAUGAUGCACUUCACCAGAAGCAGCUACUGACAUUGAGAUUAGACAACCAAUUGACAUUUCAACAGAAGGAUACUAGGAAAUAUCAGGAACUUAUGAAACAAGAAAUGGAAACUAUUUUAUUGAGACAAAAACAACUAGAAGAGACAAAUCAUCAGCUAAGAGAGAAAGCUGGAGAUAUUCGACGAAACCUGCGUGACUUUGAGUUGACAGAAGAGCAGUAUGUGAAACUAAGAGGUUUUCCUGAAGAUCAGCUUUCUAUUCCUGAAUUUGUAUCUCUACGUUUCUACGAACUAGUGAGUCCAUUAAAAAAGGAAAUUUCUGAACUACAAGUGAAAAAGAAUGAACUGUUAGAAGAAUUAACUGAAAACAAAGGCCACCUGAAGCAACUGACGGAGACUUACGAAGAAGAUCGAAGAAACUACUCUGAGGUUCAAAUUAGAUGUCAGCGUUUGGCUUUAGAAUUAGCAGACACAAAACAGUUAAUUCAGCAAGGUGACUACCGUCAAGAAAACUAUGAUAAAGUCAAAAGUGAGCGUGAUGCACUUGACCAGGAAGUAAUUGACUUAAGGAGAAAACAUGAAAUACUUGAAGCCUCUCACAUAACUCAAACUAAAGAAAGAAGUGAAUUAUCGAAAGAGGUAGUCACCUUACAACAGACAGUUACUUUACUGCAAAAGGAUAAAGAAUAUCUCAAUCGCCAAAACAUGGAGCUUAGUGUUCGCUGUGCCCAUGAAGAGGAUCGCCGUGAGAGACUUGAAGUUCAGCUGGAAGAAACCAAAAAAGCUAGAGAAGAGAUGUAUGAAAAAUAUGUAACAUCCAGAGACCAUUAUAAAACAGAAUAUGAAAAUAAGCUACGUGAUGAAUUAGAACAAAUCAAAUUGAAAACUAAUCAAGAAAUUGAUCAACUUCGAAGUGCUUCUCGGGAAAUGUAUGAACGGGAAAACAGAAAUCUUCGAGAAGCAAGAGAUAAUGCUGUGGCUGAAAAGGACCGAGCAGUGAUGGCUGAAAAGGAUGCUUUAGAAAAACAUGAUCAACUCUUAGACAGGUACAGAGAACUGCAACUUAGUACAGAAAGCAAAGUAACAGAAUAUCUCCAUCAAAGUAAGUUAAAAUCUUUUGAAAGUGAGCGUGUUCAGCUUAUACAAGAGGAAACUGCAAGAAAUCUUACACACUGUCAAUUGGAAUGUGAAAAGUAUCAGAAAAAAUUGGAGGUUUUAACUAAAGAAUUUUAUAGUCUCCAAGCCACUUCUGAAAAACGCAUUACUGAACUUCAAGCACAGAACUCUGAGCAUCAGGCAAGGCUAGACAUUUAUGAGAAAUUGGAAAAAGAGCUUGAUGAAAUAAUAAUGCAAACUGCAGAAAUUGAAAAUGAAGAUGAGGCUGAAAGGGUUCUUUUUUCUUACGGCUAUGGUGCUAAUGUUCCCACUACAGCCAAAAGACGACUAAAGCAAAGUGUCCACUUGGCGAGAAGAGUGCUCCAGUUAGAAAAACAAAACUCAUUGGUUUUAAAAGACCUGGAACAUCAAAAGGACCAAGUAACACAGCUUUCCCAAGAGCUUGACAGGGCCAAUUCUCUGUUAAACCAAACUCAGCAACCUUAUAGAUAUCUCAUUGAAUCAGUACGUCAGAGGGAUACUAAGAUUGAUUCACUGAAGGAGAAUAUUACACAACUUGAGAAAGAUGUCAGCAAUUUAAAUAAAGAAAAAUCAGCUCUACUACAGAUGAAGAAUCAAAUGGCAUUAGAUUUAGAACAACUUCUCAAUCAUCGUGAGGAAUUGGCAGCAAUGAAACAGAUUCUCGCUAAUAUGCGUAGUAAGCGUUCUGAGAACAACUUACUUCUUACUAAAACGGAAUCAACAAAUGUGACAGAAAAUCAGAAAUCAAAGUCUUUGAAUGUGCCCAAGGAACAUGAAGAAAAUAUAUUUAUACCCAAACCAACACUCUUUAAAGAUAAGCUUGAAAGGAUUGGGGAUGAUGACUACAACUGUAUUGAAGAGGAAGUCAAAUCAGAGCUAGGAAACUUUUAGGAAUACAGCCAGAAGGGAUGAAGGUUCAAGACCAAAAAGGAAGCACCUGAAUGGUCUAAG